CUUCAGUGAUUUUAGGAGCGGAAAAAAAGUUCUAAAACUCUCGAUUUACAUGGAUUUAUACGCCCGGAACAAGAAUUCCAAGAGCAAACGAGUGAUUUGAAGAUAUAAAAGAAAGAUUUUUUAGGUUUUAUGAGUCGGAAUUUUAAAGGUAGUCUGAAGACCGAACGUUAGUUGAGGUGAAGCUCGCGCUGCGCUCGCGACGCUUAUGAGGAUUCUUAACCGAAAAAUAUGGGCCGAUUUCCCGGUGUCUCCGCGCACAAAGUCGUUUUAUUCGUCUUUUCUUGGAUUCAGAUCUCAUAUGCUCUGCAGUGUGUGGACUCGGUGAGGCCAUGCGUGAACAAUGCCAGCUGUGUCACCUUCGCCAACGGAACGGGAUACUGCAGGUGUGCGUCAGGUUUCCUGGGUGAAUACUGCCAUCUCCUAGACCUGUGCAAGCCGGAUUUCUGUCUGAACGGAGGGAGCUGCAGGGUGGUCACCAUCGGCCAGCCCAAAUGCGAGUGUCCGCUCGGCUUCUUAGGAGAGCGAUGCGAAACCCAGACCGACUCCCUGUGCUACCCUAGGAACCCCUGCGUCAACGGGGGCACGUGCUCUCUUCUAACCCAGGACAAGUACACAUGCAAGUGCCCUUCAGGAUGGACCGGUUCCCGCUGCGAACGGACGGACAGCUGCGCCUCGUCUCCGUGCGCUAACGGCGGUACCUGCGCGGUCCGAGCCGACGGCUCCUUCUCCUGCGCGUGCGCGCCCGGGUACGGCGGGCCUCUCUGCCUCGACGACACCGACGAGUGCGCGCAGACGCCGUCCCCGUGCCGGAAUGACGGCCGCUGCCUGAACGCGCCGGGGUCGUACCGGUGCAACUGCGCCGCCGGAUUUACUGGCAAGCGCUGUGAGACGCUGUACGUGCCCUGCUCGCCGUCGCCCUGCCAGAACGGAGGGACCUGCAGACAGACCUCAGAGACCAGCUACGCCUGCCACUGCCUGCCAGGUUUUAACGGCACUAACUGUGAGGUGAACAUUGACGACUGCCCAGCGCAUCAGUGCCAGAAUGGAGGAACCUGCAUGGAUGGAGUGAACACCUACAACUGCCAGUGUCCUCCUGAAUGGACUGGUCAGUUCUGCACGGACGACGUGGACGAGUGUCGCCUGCAGCCCAACACGUGUCAGAACGGCGGGACGUGCAGCAACACGGUCGGCGGCUACACCUGCGUGUGCGUGAACGGCUGGAGCGGCCCGGACUGCUCGGAAAACUUCGACGACUGCCAUAACGGACCCUGCGCGACCGGCUCCACCUGCUACGACCGCGUGGCCUCCUUCGUCUGCGUGUGCCCGUUCGGCAAAACCGGUCUGCUGUGUCACCACGAUGACGCCUGCAUUAGCAACCCAUGCAGGGCGGGCUCCCAGUGCGACACCAAUCCAGUGAACGGCAAAUUUAACUGCGACUGUCCCUCCGGCUACAGGGGCAGCACCUGCAACGAUGACGUCAACGAAUGCACCAUCGGGCCGAAUCCAUGUGAGCAUGGCGGCACGUGUGUGAACACGGAGGGUUCGUUUAAGUGUAACUGUGCACCUGGAUACACCGGCCCACGGUGCGAGCAGGACGUCAACGAGUGCAGCUCGAACCCCUGCCAGAAUGAUGCCACCUGCCUGGACCAGAUCGGAGAUUACACCUGCAUAUGCAUGCCAGGUUUUGAGGGAGCCCACUGUGAGAUUGAUAUAAACGAAUGCGACAGUUUACCCUGCCUAAACAACGGCAAAUGCCACGAUCAGGUCAGCCGCUUCUACUGCGAGUGCCCUCAAGGCUUUACUGGAGAGACGUGUCAGGUGGACACUGAUGAGUGUGCCAGUACGCCGUGCUACAACGGAGCCAAGUGCAUCGACAGGCCAAACGGCUUCGAAUGCGAGUGUGCCGAAGGUUUCAAAGGCCCCCUGUGUAAGGAAAACAUCGAUGAGUGUAACCCAAAGCCCUGCCACUACGGUGUGUGUAAGGAUGGCAUCGCCACGUUCACGUGCGAGUGUUUGCCCGGAUACAUGGGUCAGAUCUGCAGCGAGCAGAUUAACGAAUGCGACAGCAACCCGUGUCAGAACGGAGGCCGCUGCAUUGACCUGGUCAACGAGUACAAGUGCAACUGCUUACCAGGCACCUCAGGUGUGAACUGUGAGAACAACUACAACGACUGCGCCAGUAACCCCUGUCAGCACGGCAGGUGUAAGGACGGAAUAAACAAGUACAAGUGCGAGUGCGAUCCUGGUUACGCAGGCGAGCGCUGUACCGAGGAUAUAGAUGAGUGCAGCUCCAGCCCGUGUCUGAGCGGCGGGACGUGCGUGGAUAAGGUGAACGGAUUUCAGUGCCAGUGUCCGGCCGGCACCCACGGUCCGGUCUGCCACUCCGGAGCGGACCGCUGCGCCCCUCUGCCCUGCCUCAAUGGUGGAGAGUGUGUGGAGGAACAGAACGGGUACCGCUGCGUGUGUAAGCCUGGCUACGAGGGCCAGAACUGCGACAUGGAGAAGAACGAAUGCGAGUCGAACCCGUGCCUGCAUGGAGCAACCUGCAUGGAUGCUGUGAACAGCUAUAACUGCAACUGCCUGCGUGGGUUCACAGGUCGAAACUGCGAGAUCAAUAUUAAUGAAUGUGGGUCAAAUCCAUGCCUGAACAAAGGAACCUGUGUAGAUGGAGUGAACAGCUACACCUGUCACUGCCCCCUGCCUUACACAGGGAGGUACUGUGAGGAGGAGCUGGUGCCAUGUGCAUCUCAGCCGUGCCAGAGAGGAGGUGUGUGCCAGCCAUCGCUCGAUUACACCUCUUACACCUGCAGAUGCCCCAGUGGCUGGAAAGGUACCCAGUGUACAGAGGAUGUGGACGAAUGUCAGAGGAGUCCAUGUCAGAACGGCGCCCGCUGCAUGAACAAGCAGGGCAGCUACCUGUGCGAGUGCAAGCCCGGCUACAGCGGCGCCAACUGCCAAACCAACAUCGACGACUGCAGCUCCAACCCCUGCAUCAACGGCGGCUCGUGCGUGGACAAAGUGGGCCGGUUCUCGUGCGACUGCCGGCCCGGUUUCUACGGCGAGCGCUGCGAAGAGGAGGUGAACGAAUGCGAAAGCUCGCCCUGCAAGCACGGAGGGACGUGCCUGGAUUUCGUCAACAGCUACACGUGCCAGUGUCCGCCCGGCUUCAACGGCAUCAACUGCGAACGCAACAUCCCGGAAUGCACCGAGACUUCCUGUCUGAAUAACGGCACGUGUGUGGACGGCAUAAACCGCUUCUUCUGCCGAUGUCGGCUCGGCUUCACCGGUCUGUUCUGUCAGUACGAGAUCAACGAGUGCGAGUCGCAGCCCUGCAAAAACGGAGGCACCUGCACGGACGGCCUGGGCACGUACCAUUGCACCUGCCCCGUGGAGUACACCGGGCGCAACUGCCUGAACAUGGCAAAUCUGUGCAAGAAUAUUCGGUGUCAGAACGGCGGAACGUGCGUCCAGCAGGAGACGAACUGGAGCUGUAAGUGUUCCCAGGGCUGGACUGGACUCUACUGCGACAUUCCCAACAUAUCCUGCGAAAACGCUGCCAAGAAAAAAGGAGUGUUGGUGGAGCGGCUUUGUGAGAACGGCGGACAGUGCGUAAACAAGGGCAACACACACUACUGCCAGUGUCAGGUGGGCUGGUCAGGCAGCUACUGCGAGAAAGGGAUCGACGAGUGUCUGUCCAGUCCCUGCAGGAAUGGAGGCACGUGUGUGGACUACCUGGGAGGAUAUGAAUGCAAGUGUAAGCCCGGUUAUCAGGGAGUGCACUGUGAAUACGAUGUUAACGAGUGUCAGUCGAACCCGUGUCGUCACGGAGGCACCUGCAUCAACAUGGUGAAUCACUUCUACUGCUCCUGCCCUCCUGGAACCAACGGUCGGCAGUGCGAGGUGAACAUUAACGAGUGCUCAGACGAGGGUCACCCGCGCUGCCUGAACGGCGGCCGAUGCGUGGACGGCGUGGGUCAGUACACCUGCGUGUGCCCUCCCGGUUUCACCGGCGAACACUGUGAAGGUGACAUCAACGAGUGCCUGUCGUCUCCGUGCCACGGCCCCGGCAGCCUCGACUGCAUCCAGCUGGCCAACGACUAUCAGUGUCGCUGUCGCCUCGGUUACACCGGUCGUCGCUGCGAGUCCAUGGUGGAUCUGUGCCAGUCGAAGCCCUGCCACAACGGAGGCAAGUGCUCCAUGAACGUGAGCUCCGUCCAUGGGUACAGCUGCUCCUGCGUCCCUGGUUACACAGGCUCCAACUGCGAAGACAUAGAGGGCUACACCUGUGCCAACCUGCGCUGUCAGAACGGCGGCCGGUGCCAGACGUCUGCACCCGGCCAUCCGCCCGUCUGUAUCUGCCCGCCCGGCUUUUCAGGCCCGCGAUGCGAAACGCCACCGAAUCCGUCCUGCUCCUGCGAGAACGGCGGCAUGUGCGCGAGGGACUCGCAGAAGCCGCACUCCUUCUCCUGUCUUUGUCCGGCCGGCUUCAGCGGCGAGCGUUGCCAAAAUUCCCAGAGGAACCACCCGGGCGCCUCGUCCUGCCCCUACCUGGAGUGUCAGGAGCGGCGCGGUGACCGGGUGUGCGACCCGCAGUGCAAAAACAAGGAGUGCGAGUGGGACGGAGGAGACUGCACGCUGCGCUGGCAGCACCCGUGGGAGAACUGCACCGCCUCCGUGCCGUGCUGGGAUUACUUCCGCAACGGCCGCUGCGACCCCGAGUGCGACAAUCCCGGCUGCCUUUUCGACAGCUUCGAGUGCCAGAAACACGCCCCCUCCACGCCCAGCUACUGCAAGUAUGACCGGUACUGCCGGGACCACUACCAGAACGGCCACUGUAACGAAGGCUGUAACACCGAGGCGUGCGGCUGGGACGGUUUAGACUGCUCUACCGACAAGCCGGCCCAGCUGGCGGAGGGGACGCUGGUCAUCGUGGUGCUGCUCCAGCCCAAGGAGCUGCUGGGAGACCUGAAGGGCUUCCUGCGCUCGCUCGGGUCCCUGCUCCACACCAACCUGCAGGUCAAGCUGGACGACAAGCAGCAGCCCCAGGUCUAUCCGUACUACGGCAGCGAGUACGACGACGCGCACUACGGAGUCGCCACGAUGAAGAGGCGCAGCAAGCGGGAGAUGGAGAAGGAGGCCAUCGGGUCGAAGGUGUUCAUGGAGAUCGAUAACCGUCAGUGCACUCAGAGCUCCAAGGAAUGCUUCUCCAGCACUGACCAGGCCGCUUCCUUCAUCGCUGCCGAGUGCCUCACCGCCGACUUCCAGUAUCCUCUGCACUCUGUGGACAGCAUCCCGCCCACCCCCGAGUCCCCCAGCACCGUCCUGUACUUCAUCGCCGUGGCCGCAGCCGUCGUCCUGCUCUUCCUAAUUUUGGGCGUCCUGGUCGCCAAGCGUAAUCGCAAGCAUGGGAUCCUCUGGCUGCCCGAUGAUUUCAUGGCCAAGAAGGACAGCAAGCGCAGAGAGCCUGUCGGCCAAGACGAUUAUGGAAUGAAGAACCUGCAGAAGCAGCAAGACGGAGGGCUGAUAGACGGCAGCUCUGGUCAUCACUGGCCAGAAGAGGAACAUCUGGCCAAGAAACAAAGGCUGGACGAUAAGCCUCUGUUACCCGUGGAUGUGGAUGCUGAAGUGGAUCGGCGGGAGUGGACUUUGCAGCACCGUAAAGCUGCCGAUAUCACACUUACCCCCCCUCAGGCUGAUACAGACCUGGGCUGUCUGGACGUGAAUGUGAAAGGACCAGACGGUUUCACUCCUCUCAUGUUGGCGGCCGUGCGCAACGAAAGCAACCCCGAAUGCGGCAGCGUCUCGGGCGACGACGAGGAGGAGAGCGGGGUGGACGAGCCCGGCACCAACAUCAUCAGCGAUCUGAUCUCUCAGGGCGCGUCGCUCAACUCGCAGACGGAGCGCACGGGGGAAACGGCCCUGCACCUGGCUGCCCGCUACUCACGCGCCGACGCCGCCAAGAGGCUGCUGGACGCCGGCUCCGACCCCAACGCCCACGACAACAUGGGCCGCACUCCGCUGCACGCGGCCAUCUCCGCCGACGCGCAGGGGGUCUUCCAGAUCCUGAUUCGUAAUCGGGCCACAGAGCUGGACGCACGAAUGAACGACGGCACCACACCCCUCAUCCUGGCAGCCAGACUGGCAGUAGAGGGCAUGGUGGAGGAGCUGGUGAACUGCCACGCCGAUGUGAACGCUGUGGACGAUCAUGGUAAAUCUGCUCUGCACUGGGCUGCUGCUGUCAACAACGUGGAGGCGACUCUGGUGCUGCUGAAGAACGGAGCCAAUCGAGACAUGCAGGACAACAAGGAGGAAACCCCUCUGUUCCUGGCGGCGAGAGAAGGAAGCUUCGAGGCGGCUCAGGUUCUGCUGGAUCACUACUCCAACCGCGACAUCACCGAUCACCUGGACCGGCUGCCGCGGGACACGGCUCAGGAGCGCAUGCACCACGACAUCGUCCGCCUGCUCGACCAGUACAACCUGGUCCACAGCCCGCACUCCGGACCAAACCACAUGGGGAACGGCGGCGGUGGCGGCCACCCCUCCAUGGUGUGCGCCGGUAACGGGGUCAUGGGCAUGCGCCCGGGUCCGCAAGCCAAAAAGAACCGGCGCGGCGGAGGCGCCAAAUUGGGGGGGCCUAACGGCGCUGGGGGUGGAGCCAAGGAGCAGAAGGAGAUGAAAGCCAAGCGGAGGAAGAAACCGGCCGGAAGGGAGGCGACAGGAUUCCCCGCGGCUAACGGCGGCGUAGCGAUGGCGACCGCCAACGCCAACGCCGGCAAAGCGGCGACGGGCAGCGUCGGCGUCCUCUCGGAAAGCUCGGUCACCAUGUCUCCGGUGGAUUCGCUCGAAUCGCCGCAUUCGUACACGGCGGACGCGGGGACGAACGUCGCCAAAUCGCCUCCGCUGAUGACCAGCCCUACGACACGCACCCUUCUGCCCCCAGUCAGCCACAUGCUGGGGCAACAGCCAAGCUGGGUGAGCGUACCCAAGCACAGCUACAGCACCUCCCACAUUUUUGGUCACAUGAUGCCCCAGCAGAUGACGGUGGCGCCCUCGGGCGUACAGCAGCACCACCACGGCUCGAGCAUCAUCGCGCCCAUGAGCGUCUCCAUGAGCCAGGAUCAGCUCCCGUCCAUCGUCACCUUCCAGAUGAUGCCGUCUCGGAGUCAGGCGCUGCUCAAACCCGCCCGGCAGGGGGCGAUGCGAGCUUCGGUCCCGAACCGCAGCCAGAGCCUGAACCCCAUGCACUGCGCCCAGGAGAUGAUGUACCCCAUGCAGGAGGCGGCGCUGCAGCACGGGAUGCCGCGUGUUCACCCGCACGCCCGCGCCAUGCCCAGCGCCCAGGUACGCCAGAUGAUGCCCUACCCCCAGCAGCUGCAGAGCCCCGUGGAUAAAUUCCCCACCCCUCCCUCGCAGCACGGCUACCCGAGCGCCGAGGGAACCACGCCGGGCAAGGCCUCCGACGUCACCACCCCAGGUCACGGAGCCCCGCCCCUGAGCGAGCACCCUUACCUCACGCCGUCGCCCGAGUCGCCCGACCCCUGGUCCUCCUCCUCCUCGCCACACUCGCACUCGGACUGGUCGGACAUCACCACCAGUCCGAACGGCGCUCCGCACGCGCACCCUCACGCGCUCGGCAAGGCGCACGGGCACGUCCCCGAACGGCAGCCGCUCCUGCAGCCGCAGCCCUCGCAGCAGGCGCAGCAGCAGCCGUGCAGCAGCGUGUACGCGUAAACAUUCCUAACGGAGCUGAUGCACUGACUGGUACCUGCGCUCGGCUUUUUCUCCAGCUUCACACUAUGCAGGUGGAUCUGUGGUCUUUUUAUGCAAUUUGAACCCAUGGCUGGGCGAUACGAUGCUAAUAUCACGAUAAAUUGUAGGUCCCGAUGUUUCUCACUGUUGAAUGUAUAGCCUUCUAUUAUAUGGAGCGAAAUAUAAGCUAAGAUGAACUGGGGCUCGGGAUGCAGUCUGCAGCUCUACUCAGUCAGGGUGGGGAUCUGAAGUGAGGAAUCGGAUACGACCAGA